AUGUCGCUGGACUUGGAGCACCACCUUACCUUUUAUGGUGCUUACCACCAUAACUCGGUCAACAAGGUUAUUCACAUAAUAUGUGUUCCUAUUAUUCUUAUCUCAGCCUUUUGCAUGGCUACAUACACGGGCACCCUUGUUCAGACGCCUAGCUGGCUCUCUGUCCCGUAUCUUGACCUCAACUUGGGCACUAUUGCAGCCCUUGUGUACACGGCGCUUUAUUUGCUGCUCGAACCUGUUGCCGGAUUCGUCCUGGCUGCGUUCUGCUUGGCCGGCACCGCCUACUCAAACUACCUCAGAGCAGAGGAUCCAACCCAGACUUUCCAGAUUGCGCUUGGCGUCCAUAUUGUCGCCUGGAUUGCUCAAUUCAUUGGACAUGGAGCUUUCGAGGGACGCGCUCCCGCUUUGCUGGAUAACCUGAUUCAGGCCAUCUUCUUAGCCCCACUGUUCGUCUGGCUGGAGGUUCUCUUCCAGCUGGGAUACCGCCCUGAGCUCCAGGCUCGUGUUGAGAAGAGAGUGCAGCAAGAAAUUGCCAAGUUCAAGGCCGCAUCUAAGAACGGCAAAGCAACAUAA